AUGCCACUGUUAGUCUUUAAGCAGACUCUGAUUGCAGUCUGCAGCAAUCGGCCUUGUGCGCAGUGCCGAAGGCUUCUCUCUGUCGGAGGCAGAGAAGGUCCUGGACAGCAGAUCAAUGGUGAUUAUGAACUUCUCGAGGGCACACGGCCUCACGGCCGACCUUGUUGGCUCCGUCGAGGCAGACCGUUGCCCAACACUGGCACAAAUGGAUUAGCCGAGCAUGAUGGAGAGCUGCAUCCCCUCUACUUGUUCUUCGGCGAGAUGGGCUACUGGAACGUUGCCGCAUCAGUCCUAGCUGCCGGAGUGCACGUGUUGGCACGAUGUGGUCCUGACUUUUCAUCACCAUCGCCCGAUAUGUGCCCCGUGACUUGGACUGUGUUUGCCUUCGGGAAGGCGCAGCGAGAUGCAAACAUUGUAUGCUUCAGACACGACUUGUCCGCAGAUGUUCCCAAGGUGCUCAACGUCUCCGGUUGCAAAGGAGAUCAUGGGCAGUUGAAUGGUAGCUACACGCAUUUGCAAGGCUGUCGAAUGGGAAGCCGGCCAAUCUUUGUCCAAGACUGUGUGCGUGCACGCGAGGGUGAGGAAGAGAGGAAAGUUCUGCAUUUCUCUCAACGCUCCGGCCGAUGGUUUAUCUCCAGCGUCAGUCUAAGCGCACUGGAGGUGGAGCAAGUGAGCACCUCCUCUGAUCUUGACCAGAUGGAUCUGUCGCCGCAUUGGCACAGUGCUACAACCUUGGCCAGGAGCCCUGUGGCCUGGACUUCGUCGUCUCCGGCAUCCUUGCCGCGAGAGCCCUGGUCCAUUGUUAAGCUAUUGCCGACGCGGCUCCAGUUUGGCGUUACUGAAAGGAGGCGGAGGGUUGCAUUGAAGCUGCCUGACAGCGAUGAGGCCUCCGCUGAAGACACUGCUGUCACUUUCGUUCCAUGCCAAGAUUUGCAAGUUGGAGAGGGACCUGCUAGACAGGCAUCUCGCAGCGUCGGGCGAUCAUCUGCUAUGUCUCGCAGCUCGUCCGUCGGCAGCCCGGGAGCAGAUCCUGAUGCUGAUGUAUCUGGCACUGCGCAAGUCUGUGGAACCGAGCUUCAGGGUGCGGACUUUGUCCUGUGCCUUCACUUGAAAGAUCUCAGCGGUGGCACAGAGAACUUCGGUCUCAGUGGGGACUACGUGCGGUCCGAUCAGCUGUACGGAGACCGACCAGUCUUCAUCAAGGCUCCCCUCCGACAACGUCAAGGUGGGCUGGAGCCUGAUGAUAAGCUGGGCCAGGAGCGACAGCUAUUCUUCUUCUAUGACGACAUUCGCCAUCGAUGGCAGGUUGCGCCGGAAGUGGGCGCCAAGGGCUUGAGCGUCCUCGCUCGCAGCCCUGUGGGAUGGGAUGAGGUCUUCUCCCCAGACUCAGCAGAAGCGGCCUUGGCCAGGGAAGCUGAUCCCAGACAGCCUGGGCCGUGGCAGAUCCGACUCAACGAGCCUGCGCUGGCCAUCCAUUCGCGGCGGUCCAAGCACCUCACCGAAAUUCCAGAGGCCUCUCCGCUCUUUCAGGACUGUGAGGCUCUAACUGUUGCAGUACUUGAAGACUCUGCACCCUCUCGCACAGUUACCUUCCUGUAUGAAGGUUCGAGCGGAGAAUUGCAGGUGUUGUCAGAGCACCCAUUGGCUGGAGACUUCAGACUGCUUCGCCCGAGAUACGGCAAACGUCCAGUGUACCGCCGAUCAGCCCUACAGCCUUGUGGACCUGGGCCCCUCGGAUGGCUAAAACAUGUCAGGGAAUAG